GGGCGGGGGAAGUAAGGGUAAAACCAGCUGUGGAGGGCGGUGACCGUGCUCUAAGGACAAUUCCGUGCCCCUGGGUGGGACAGAUCUAAGUUGGGAGCAGCUGUGAGCACGGGACCUCCAAGAUGAGGCCAGCUCUUGUCCUGUGCUUCCUCUGGCAGACCUUCUGGCCCCGGCCGAGCCACGGCGAGCACCCCACCGCCGACCGCGCGGGCUGCUCCGCCUCGGGGGCUUGCUACAGUCUGCACCACUCGACCAUCAAGCGGCAGGCAGCCCAAGAGGCCUGCAACCUGCGCGGCGGGGCGCUCAGCACUGUCCGAGGGGGCGCUGAGCUCCGCGCGGUUCUCGCUCUACUGCGGGCAGGCCCCGGGCCCGGAGGGGGCUCCAAAGACCUUCUGUUCUGGGUGGCACUGGAGCGCGGGAGAUCCAAUUGCACUUUGAAGGACCAGCCAUUGCGGGGUUUCUCCUGGUUGACCUCCGACGCUGGCGGGUCGGAAAUUGACACGCUGCCGUGGGUGCAGGAGCCUCAACUCUCCUGCACUUCGAGGAGUUGCGCUGGACUCCAGGCCACUGCGGGGGUCGAGCCGGCAGGCUGGAAGGAGAUGCGCUGCCACAUGCGGGCCAACGGCUACCUGUGCAAGUACCAGUUUGAGGGCUUAUGCCCCGCACCACGCCCUGAGGCUGCCUCUAACUUGAUCUACCGCGCGCCCUUCCAGCUACACAGCGCGGCGCUGGACUUCAGUCCCCCAGGGACCAAGGUGAGUGCGCUCUGCCCCGGACAGCAAUCCAUCACAGCCACCUGCGUCGUGGAUGAGGUUGGCGCUCGCUGGGACGGGAUACCCCGCGGGGCCGCGCUCUGUCCCUGCCCUGGGGGGUACCUCCGUGCUGGCAAAUGCGUGGAGCUCUACGAUUGCCUAGAAGACUUGGAAGUCUUUGCCUGCGAGUGUGCUGCGGGCUUCGUGCUGGGGGAAAACGGACGCUCUUGUGUAACCAAUGGAGAAGGACAGCCGAACCCAGGGGGAACCGAGGUGCCUACCAGGCACCCGCUGGCCACUGCAACCAGCCCCACGCCGAGGAGAACGUGGUCAACCGGGGCCCAUGAGAAACAAGGAGAGAAACCUCAUAUCCCUGGACUAGGCACUUCAGCGAUAUAUAUUCCCGAGAUUCCUGGGUGGGAAGCACCGAGCACGUUGCCUACUCUUCAAAUGUCCCCUCAAACCAACUCAAAGGCCGCCAUCACUUCUUCAGGAAGCGUUAGUCCCACGUCUAAUUCGUCUUCCUCUGCCAUUCCCCAGGCUUUGGACUCCUCCUCCACCGUGGUCUUCAUACUUGUGAGCAUAGCAGUAGUAGUGUUGGUGAUCUUGACCAUGACUGUACUGGGGCUUUUCAAACUCUGUUUUCACAAAAGCCCUUCCUCCCCAUCACGAAAGGGGCCUUUGGCCUCUCCCGGUGUGGAGAGUGAUGCUGAGGUCACCGCUCAGCACUGCAGUUCCGCACACAAUGCAGACAAUGGGGUGAAGGUUGCAGUCUGCGGGACAGAGCAGAGGGCGCCUCACUGACUGCGUCUUCUUUGGGCUCCGGAGAUACAUAGGGAAACGGGACAGUGAGCCCUUACUGUGUGCAGUUUUUCAUUUUCAAUAAACAUGGAAAAGGAAAAGAGGAGCUUAUCUGCGGAACUGAUAAUUCCUAUAUAAGUUCCCUUCCCUAAAUACCCUCUGCUCCACCGAGGAGGAGCACAUCUGAACUGGCCGCUCCUUCUCUCAUACUGUAAAGGUGGAAGUGCCUUAGGUUGGAACAGGGGCCCAGGAUUCUACUGGGGAGAGGUAUUUUCUUGGGUUUGUCCUGGGGGAUUUUGAGAAGUGGUUGAACCUUUCAAGACAUUGGAAGCAAACAGAAAGCAAUGUAAUUAUAAAAAAAUUUUAUUUUUACCUUGAUGGAAAGAAAAACUCUGCCUACUCUGUUCAGACUGGGAGUAUAUUGGUUUAAAAUUCCUAGGCAAACAAUAAAAGAUUGUUGAUAA